AUGUUGCAACUGGCGCUCUUCGUCCUCGGCGCGCACGCGGCGCCUACGGUGACUCUGCGGAAUGGCGUCCAGAUGCCCAUGGUGGCUGCGGGCUCCUGGCAGUACAACAGCUCAGCUGCAUACGAUUCCGUCACUGCUGCCUUGAAGGCUGGCUUUACCAUGAUCGACACCGCCCUGGACUACAACAAUCAGGACGGCGUUGGCAGGGCCAUCGCGGAAUCGCAGGUUCCGCGGGAGAAGAUCUUCGUGGAAACCAAAGUGCCGGGAUGUGGGAUGGACCCGAGCAUGCUGAACCUUUUCAAGUGCCAGGAGGGCACCAAGAAGAAUCUGGAGAAAGACCUUCAGCUCCUGAAUCUUUCCUACGUGGACCUCGUCAUUGUGCACUUCCCGCCCAUCGCCUCCAUGAUCACCCGCAGCUGCAACAGCUGGUCAGGAGGAUGCCAGAUGGUGCGGGCCCAGUGGAAGGCCAUGGAGGAGUUCUACAAGGAAGGCAAGGCCCGCGCCAUUGGGGUCUCCAACUACUGCCCCAGCUGCUUUGACUGUCUGAAGUCUGCCACCAUUCAGCCGAUGGUGAACCAGGUGCAGUUCCACUUGGGCAUGGGCACAGACCCCAACAGCUUUGUGUCCUACCACAAGGCCCACAACAUUCAGCUCCAGGCCUACAGCGUCCUGGGGAACUCCCUGGACCACCACGCCAGCUCUGAGAUCGUCAGCGGCAACCUCACGGUCUCCAUCGGCAAGGCUCACAACAAGUCCUCGGUGCAGGUAGCGCUGAAGUGGGUGGUGUCCCAAGGCAUCCCGGCUGUGACCAAAUCUUCCAACCUCGAGCAUUUGCAGCAGGAUUUGGACCUGUGGUCUUGGAGUUUCACUGCGCAGGAGCAGCAGGCCCUGGACACACACAGCAGCCCGGGUGGAUCCCCCUCCUUCGCGUGCAACUCGCUUUCCGCCUCGGAGGUGCUCGUUUAA